CAUCGCUAUGUCGAUGGUGCUGCCCAUGAUGACGUCACUACCGCCCAUGAUGCAAUUACCGCCCACAAUGACGUCACUACCGCCCAUGAUGACGUCUCUACCGCCCAUGAUGCAAUUACCGCCCACAAUGACGUCACUACCGCCCAUGAUGACGUCUCUACCGCCCAUGAUGCAAUUGCCACCCACGAUGACGUCACUGCCACCCACGCCGCCACCCCACCAGCCCCAAGUCACGCCCAUACCGCCCGCACCGACGAACCCACCGCCCACGACGCCUCUCCCGCCCACGACGCCUCUCCCGCCCACGACGCCUCUCCCGCCCACGACGCACCUCCCGCCCACGACGCCCGCACGGCCACAUCCGCCCCUGCCCCGACUGACGGCCAGACGCGUCCUUCUAGCCGGGAUCGUCAGCCGUCAGCCAGAGCGUCAGCCGCCGUGGCAAGGACGAAGCGCGGUUCCGGCGUCGUCAUCCGCGGGCCCUUCUACCCCUACCCCCGCGGGCGAGGUCCUCUCCGCUUCACGUCCGGAGCCGCCCACACUCACGCCCACGCCCUCCUCCUGCCGGUCUUAGCUGCGGCGUCCGUGCUCUACACCUACGGGCUGCGGUGGGCGUAAGGAGGCGUGCGUUUUCCUCGGACGAAGGCAGAAGCCGAGACGCAGGAUGGGCCAGCGAGGGAGGUACUGCGUGUCUCGUCCGCGUCGGCAGAGCAGAGAAGUCCUUGGCGCCGCUCUGCCAGCUGCGAACGAGCGCCCGACCGAGCCUCCCACGAGACGAGCGGAAGAACGACUCUCUCUGUGCUUGUUCCUGCUUGUUGGGACGCAGAUGAGAAUGGGUCUGUGCGUUCCCUCCUCGCUACGAGCAGGGAAAGCGGUCUCUCUGCUUGCGUCUGCUUCAUGGAACGAGAGCGAGCGAGCGAGAACGAGAUGUAGCACUUCUCCGGGCUAUUAAACGAGCCCAAACGCUUUCCCUGCUUGCGUCUGCUUGCUAGAAACGAGCAAGCGAGCUGGAAGGAGACGAAAGAACUUCUCUUUGGAUUCCCCGGCGAGUAUCCAGCGAACGAAACUCGAGGAAAUCACUCACAGAGAAAGAGGGAGAAGGACAUAGGAAUUGACCUAAAAAAAAAAAAAAAAAGAAAAGAAAAAUCCAUCCUUUCUAGCUCCAUUUCACCCUCAAAGUGUUCUACGUGUUCUUCGUGAGAUGAUCUUGCCAUAACAUAAACUUCUACACUUACUAUACUCUGCACCCCCCCCCCUUACUCCCGCAGUUCUCAUGUGUGGUCACUGUGUUAAUUUAUCACCAAUGUAUUCCACAAAACCAACAUUUUUCCUUCCAUAAAUAUUUUACAAGUCUAAGUCUGACAACAGAAGUCAUGCUUAAUUGAUAUCUUGUCAUGCAAGGAUUUACUUUUAAUAAAUCACUGAUGCUUUCAGUGUGAGAUUCUCAUAUAUAUUGUAAUAAUAUUCCAUUUUUUAUUGUAAGUUAUAAACAUGUACAUAUCAUUAUUUAAACAUAUUGGUUCUUCAUAUCCCGGCAGUGGGCAGAGGAGAACCAUAUUUAUUAGAUAUUUAUCAAUGUACAAAAUUCUGACAUGUGAAAAAAAUAAUAUAUAUAUUGUAAA